UCCUCCCACAACUGCCUUGAGUCUAUUAUUCAUUACAUUACACUUUAUCUUCAGCAAGUGAGUUUUCAAUCUUCAAAUUCUGCAAUGGCUUGCAUAACCAACAACAGCGGUUCUUCAUCACGCACAAUGAAUUUUGAUGUUUUUGUGAGCUUUAGAGGUGAGGAUACUCGUAAUAAUUUCACUGAUCAUCUUUUUGCUGCUCUUCGAAGGAAAGGUGUUGUUGCCUUCAGAGAUAACCAAAAUAUCAAUAAAGGGCAACUCUUGGAACCUGAGCUCAUGCAAGCAAUCAAACGAUCACGUCUUUUCAUUGUUGUCUUCUCAAAGAAUUAUGCAUCAUCCUCAUGGUGCUUGAAAGAGUUGACAAUGAUUGUUGAUUGGGUUAAAGAAACAGGUCAAAGUGUUCUUCCUAUUUUCUAUGAUGUCACUCCCUCUGAAGUUCGAAAACAAAGUGGAGAGUUUCAAAAAGCUUUUGCCGAAUACGAAGAAAGCUUUAGAGAUGAUUUGGAAAUGGUAAAAAAAUGGAGGGAAGCUAUGAAGGCAAUUGCCAACCGUUGUGGGUGGGAUGUACUGAAUAAGCUACAGCAUGAAGAAAUAGAAAAAAUUGUUGAAGAGGUAAUCAACUUAUUAGGUCAUAAUUAAAAUUUUAAUUUUGAA